AUGGCAAACACGUUCCAGCCGGGCGGAAAUCCCGCUCAGGCCAGAUCUGCGGCGAAGCUCCGACGAAUACUCCCCGUACCAGCGCCUCCGAAGGUCGCUGGCCUGCUCAACUUCCAGCCGAUACCGUCUCCGAAGCGGAUCCCGAGACCGCCCAGGCAACGGACCUCAGUUAUCAGUGCGGCAUGCGAAGCCUGUCGAAAGCGCAAAGCAAAGUGCACGGGCGAGAGACCUGAAUGCCGCCCUUGUGUGAAGCGCGGGCAGCAGUGCGACUAUGCUACGGAGCCCGCGGAGACGAGGGCGCAGGCAAUGAGGCGACAACACGGGGCGUUUCUCAAAGAGAGGUCGGUCUAUGAGGAGCUCUACGGGGUGCUGAUGGAUCUCUCGGACAUUGACGCCAUGCACAUGCUGCAAAGGCUGAGGUCUGGGGUCAAAGUUGAGACCGCGGUUAGGCAGAUCAGCGACAGCGACCUCCUGCUGAACUGUUCGGGCUCCCAGGCAUCGAAUUCGCCACCACCCACGACGACUCACCGGCGUGGGAGAAGAUACUCGGACCCGGGACCCGUACCAGAAGAAGAAACCACUGAAUCAAUGUGUCGAGUGACCUUAUUCAACAUCCGCCUCUGCCCCUGCAAGGACAUCACCUGCGCCCUCGUCCGCCCCUUCGAGCUCGACGCAGCCCAGACUGCCAAGUUCCCCGCACGCGCCCACAUCCAUUCGGCGGACGAAGUCGUCCUGCCCGAGGGUCUGCCCUGCGCGAGCUUUUUCGACGCGGGCCACUUUGACGUCCUGGUCGCCUCGGGCGGGGGGGACCUCGCCCUGGCGCAGUCGGCCGUGCGUCUGUGCCGUGAGCUGAAGCCUGCUUCACUUGCCAAUGGCGACGUGACCGUGGCCGCGGAACUGUGUCCUGAUUGUGCUACUGGCUGUGACCAGCGGCCGCCCACGGAGCAGAUGAUCCGAGCGCGCCUCGAGGAGAAAACAAAGUGGGAGCGGAUGAGGGAAGAGGCUCAGGCCAGAAAGACAGAGGCUGCAAAGGAGCGUGCUCAGCAAAAGGCCAAGAGGGCGAAGGACCAGUAA